UCGCAAACUUGAAUUCACUUGGCAACCCGGAAUUUCUGGGGGGGCAGACUGGAGGACUGAAGGAUCGUGUCGUUUCCCACCCCUCCCCUCGCCCGGACGCCACAGCACGUGUCCGUCCAGCGUCAUGGUCUGCGCCUUGGAUCCCUUUGGACCUUUGGCAUCCCCCGUGACUUGGCACAACUCGCUGCCCGCCAGUGUCGUCAUGCUUUCUCUCCUUGUGCCAGGCUCCACUGCCCUACUGCCCCGCGCUCCACCUCUGCACUCAAGACAUAUCGGCCGACGCCAACCAUGUCGGAUGCAAUACGCACAAGUGCGAGAUGGUACUGCAAUUCCUAUUCCGCCAACCGGGCGAGGCCUGGUGGAGCCUAGAUAGAGCCUGGGGUCAAAUGUGGAAUGUGGAAACUUGCACCGCCC